AUGGCGACCCCUGCACUUCUGGCGAGCUGGUUCCCAACCCACAAAGCCAAGGCCCCUUCUGUACGCAAUGGCCUUGCAUUCUAUCGUAACCUCGAGGAAUCGCUCGACCUCCGCCGUGUUGAAUCUAGUAUCUUCACUGUUCGCAGCAAUGAGCCGGCCCCAGGGAGCAUCGACUUCAGCACUCUGGACUUUCUGCACCUCACCGCGAGUGGCCUCAUCCGUGAAGCGUUCCUAGCCGAGCUGGCGGCGCACCCUAACUUCGACCUCGGAGCCGGUGGUUCGCGACUCCUUAACGGGAACAACGCAUAUACCGAGGAUGCAGAGCGUGCAAUUGCGGAGUUCCAUGGUGGCGAAAGCGCGCUGCUGUUUCAUUCUGGGUUCGAGGCCAACACGGCCAUCAUGGCGGCAGUUCCCCGGGCAGGGGAUGUUAUUGUCUACGAUGCCCUGUGCCACGCCAGCAUGCACGAAGGAAUGCUAGCGAGUAAGGCGGCCCGCAGGCAGUCCUUCAAGCACAAUGAUGUGGAGGACUUCCGGGACGCCUUGAUGCAGAUAUCCGACUCAGAACCGCUAAUCAAGCAGGGAAAGCGGUCCGUGCUGAUCUGCCUCGAGUCGAUGUAUAGCAUGGAUGGCGACGUAGCGCCUCUUGGUGAGCUGAUCCAGGUAGCCAAGGAGCUGUUCCCCGAGGGCAAUGCCCAGUUUCUGGUGGACGAGGCGCAUACCACCGGGGUCCUUGGACGACAGGGGCGCGGGUUCGUCAACGAGCUGGGCCUUGAGCACGAGGUUGCUAUUCGUAUGCAUACGUACGGAAAGGCGUUGGCCACAACGGGAGCUGCGGUGGUGUCGAAUCGGACCAUCCGUGAGGCUCUCAUAAACCAUGCUCGCUGCUUCAUCUACUCGACAGCACCGUCGUUCCCCAUGGUUGCUGCCAUUACUGCAGGGUACAAGCUGAUGACCAGCGGGGAGACGCAGCCGUUGCAGGACAAUAUCCAACGCUUGGUGAGGCACUUUUUCCAGACAAUCACGGAGCACCCCGUCUGGGACGAGGCAGUGGACGAAGGGAUCCUCUCAGUGCCUCUUGCCGAGGCCUGGGAGACACGGCCAUUCCUCACGCAGGUUGUCCCAGUCAUGACUCGCCAGCGGUACACGCUCUGGCUGUGUUACCACCUGCAGCUGGCUGGCAUCUGUGCUUUUCCCAUCGACUACCCCGUUGUCCCCAAGGGCCAGGCCCGCCUGCGAGUCGUCAUCCACGCCACCAACACGGAGUCUGAGGUGCAGAAGCUCGUGAACACGAUCUGCGAGUGGGCGCAGGAGAUGCUGGAUCUGGAAGCCGGGGGUGGGAAAGUGCCCAGUGCAGCACGCCGCGUACAGGCGCAGCAGGCCAUGGUGGAAGCGAAUGGGAAUGGGCAUGCAUGA